CGCUUAACUGCGCUUGGGGACUCAUUUUCGAUUCGCAUUGCGCAGUCCAUGCUUUAUGUCGACGUAUAAACGAUAUCCGUCGUCAUCACUGAAACCAAAUGAUCCUUCCUGUUAUACUUUACUUUUUGUAGACUACGUCGUAGCCGAGCGCAGCCGAGCGCGCUACGGCUCCCUGCGGCUCCCGGAAUAGUCGGAGUGCGAUGUGUGCGUGAAUGUGCUCGGGCCAUCGGAAUCGCAGCACAGGACUCUGAAAUUGGAUGCGUCUCUUGUACCUGAAUUAGAGGGAGGAUAGAUUUUUUUCGCUAGCACGCUUACAAUUUUUUAACGAGACUUCUGCGAAGACAAGUGUGUCCGCGAUGAAUCCCUCAGAGCCAACCGGCACCGAGACUCUCAGGUACAAUGAGUUCACAUUGGAUGACACUGAGAUAAGCUCUAAAAUGAAAGACGUGAUUGAUGUUCUUGCGAUGCAACGUGAAAAGAGGAAUACAUUACAAAAGAGCAUUACGAUUGAUUACACCAAGUCCAGUGAUAGCUUCACUGUCUCACGAUUUAUCUUUGAAUGUGGUUUGAAACUAGAAGCUCAUCCAUUGACAAUAGCUACUGCUGCAACGCUAUAUCAUAGAUUUGUUAAAGAGGCAACAGCACAAGGAUACGAUCAUUAUCUUAUAGCUGCAACUUGUCUUUAUCUGGCUGGUAAAGUAAAAGAUGACACGUUGAAGAUAAGGGAUGUGAUGAAUGUAUCCUACAAUACGCUUCACAGAGGAUCUCAGCCGCUUGAUCUGGGAGAUCAAUAUUGGAGUAUGAGGGAUGCGAUUGUUCAAGCGGAGCUUCUCAUCAUGAGAAUGCUCAAAUUUCAGGUCACGCCUGUGCAUCCGCACAAAUAUAUGCUUCAUUAUUUGCGAUCUUUGCAAGCCUGGUUUGGCGAAGAGGAGUGGAACAAAUAUCCAGUCGCCAAGACUAGUAUGGCACUGCUGCAAGAUUUCCAUCAUUCCCCAACUAUCCUUGAUUAUCCACCGAAUUUAAUAGCAAUAGCUUGCAUCAAUUUGUCACUACAAAUUUAUGGCGUGGUCGUGCCUCUGAUGGACGAGUGUGAUCAACAGCCAUGGUUCAAUGUUUUUUGCAAAGAUUUAGCGAGAGAUAAAUUAUGGGAAAUUAUGGAAAGAAUCAUGGGAGCAUAUGACGAUGAGCCUGAAACUAGAGACAACUAAUAAGCGUGUAUUUGUAUCCAAUUAUAAUAAUAAAAAAUUACUUUCCAAAAACUA